CACAGGCACACUCUCAAAUCCCAUUUUAAUCCUUUGGUUUUAUUAACACUGGAGUCCCUGCAUCUGGCAUUGAGGGAGGGAGAACCUUCUGGAUUGGGGUCCAGUUUAAUGCUUUGAAAAAGUAGGUCUGUUAUGUGCACUCCAUUUGGAAGAAACAGAAAGUCCUAAAAAAUAUUCAGAGCCAAAGGGCACGCACAUGAAUGAUCAGCCCCCAUCUCUUCCCACAUGAGCUACCAGAGGCAUGGAGCUACGGGAACAACUCUCCAGCUGCUUGUUCCUUGCUAUACUCCUAGCAACAAUUCCCUUUUCAGAUAAAAGUAUUGUCCAUAAAACACAUCUCUGCAGCACAUAAUCCCUGGGGGAGAUGCUGACACCUGCACAAAACCCCUGCUGAAAAAAUGGUUGACGUUAACUUAUCCCUAGAAGACAAGAUUCUUAUUGGCACGGUUGUGGUCCUCAUUGUUAUCAUCAUUAUCAUCUUAAGUUAUUAUUGUUCAAGAGAAAGAAGGCGAGAUCCUGAAGAAGGGAGACUCAUCAGUGCAGAAGAAGGAAGAAUGCAGAAAGUACCAGAUGAACACCAAAUAGAACUGAAUGAACUCCAAGGAAAACUGAAUGAACAAGAAGUAGAACUGAAGUGGAGAAGGACUCACAAGGACACAGAUAACAUCACUCUUAAUCCAGACACAGCCCACCCCAACCUUUCCAUUUCUGGGGAUAAGAAGAGUUUGAAACAUGAAGCCCAACCUCAAAAUGUUCCAUCAGCUCCAGAGAGGUUUGAUUCGACUGUCUGUGUGUUGGGCUCGGAAGGAUUCUCCUCUGGAAAGCACUACUGGCAGGUGGAUGUCGGGAACAGCACUGAAUGGGACCUGGGAGUGGCCAGAAUAUCAAUACAGAGAAAAGGAAAACUUUCCUUAUAUCCUAAAGAGGGAUUCUGGGCUCUGGGUUUCAAUGGAAGAGAUUAUUGGGCAAAAACAGAUCCAUGGACCCUGAUCAUGGUGCAGAAAAAGCCCAAGAAAAUUGGAGUUUACCUUAGUUACCAAGAUAGGCAGGUGACAUUUUUCAAUGUAACUGAUGGGUCUCUGUUGUUCACAUUUAAUGAUUGUUUAUUCUCAGGAGAGGUUUAUCCAUUCUUUAAAAAUUCACACAAAGAAACAACAAUGAGAAUUUGUUCUAUAAGAGAAGAUGAAUGAUCUUAAAAUGCCACUAUGACUCAUUUAUCUGACUGUAUCUUUGAAAUCAAGUUUCUCACCAAUGAAUUUGAAUUACAUUUUGCCUCUAUGUUGCCUGUCGUGUCAGCUGUGAAAUAGCACUGCUAUUCAUUUUAUGGCUCCGAACCAUCAAGUUUGUUGGCAAUAAAAUUUGAACUGUGUAUUUUACUCUGUACUUUGUGAGCUGCCAUCUUAAUUACUUGCUUUGAACAACAAAUGAUUUUGUUGGUUACUUCUGACAAAUACUGUUAUUUGACUAGGCUUCUAAGGAAAGGAUAGCUGUGUUGAUUUCAAGAGAAAUCAGCACCCACAUUUAGACUUUCACCCAGCUUAAAGAGCUCCUUAAAAAUCUGACAAAAACUGUCUCAAAGGGAGCUGCUGGGUGGAUAUUAAUGGGAAAAAAACCAUCCAACCCAGCACACAUUCAUUUUUAUCUUGACACAACAUCACCACACUUACAACAUCACUAAUUUAGGGCUUUUGACUGGCAUGAGUAGCCACACAGCAAGGUAAGGGAAAAUAAAAUACUCACCAUCCCUCUACACAGCCACGCAGGACUUACUGUUAUAGUUACAAGGCAGUUGCACCUCUGGCCCCUUUCUAGUCCCUCUGAGAGAUCCCACGCUAAGGCCUCUUGCUCUCACCUGUCUCAGGGUGGAAUCUCGUGAGUCUUCAACUCUUAGAUGGGGAUCUGACUAUAGUAACUUGGUUAUACCAUCCACUUACCACCCUUCAGUCCCAUCUCAGAGUGGGGACCUGCUUCAUAUUCCUUUCAGGAAACUGUGACCAAUGAUACUGACCAAAAGCCUUUUAAAAAACUAAAUAUUUGUAUUUAGCAUUGUGUGCUUUAUUGAAAUAGAGUCAUAUCCCUUUAAAUAGUCUGUGGGCCCUCUGUUAGUGUUCACCAUAGUCUAUGAGUUGGAAGCUGCCAGAAACCAGGCAGCACAGUAAUAUGUAUGUACCUA